UUUUUUGGAUGCAUUGGAAGCAUCAGGACUUCAAAGUUAUGAAGGAUAUGUGUUACAAUGAGAUAUGACUAAACCAAAUGUAUAUACUCUCAUGAAAUUAAGACUAGUAUCUCCAUAUUUUAUCAACCAACCUUAGCUCGUUGACACCCCUAUCCACUUGGGAGAGGUCUAGGGUUUAAAACUUUGGUGAUGGCAACCCCACUGUUUAUUAGGAAUAGUAGUAUCUCCAUAUCCUAGGGUUGCCUUUGGUGGUAAGACUACAAAAACUCUGGCUCUGUGACUGCUAGAUUGUGUGCUUUUCUUCAGAAGAGAAGUUCAUAGGUACACAUAUAAGCUUAGUUGUAGGAAUAGCUCCGAGUCCAACCUUAUUAUAUAAAAUGAGGUGGAGGUCUUGUGCUCUCUUUCUUUUUAUUAAAAAAAGAAAACCCUCUUGGAUGUAAAGAUGGAGACCAUCACCAAUUUACUAGGAUCAAGAAAAGGGUACAUUAGAGGCCUUAAGUUUGAAGCUGUAAGAAGGGAAGCAAGGGAAGGAGGAAAACAGAGUAGGUUUGAAGCCGUUAGAAGCCCCAUAGUCUUUGAAAGUUUUCUCUCGAAGCACAGAAACCCAAGAAGAUAAAGAACCAGCAUGCAAGCUUCCAACGUUUUUCUAUCAUGCUCUGUGUUGUUGAAGAAUUAACUGAUCCCAAACUGGUAUAAUCCUUGCUAGAACAGCUCUCUCUUAGAUGAGCAAAAACUUCGAAGGAGGGAAGGCUGAUGAUGAUACCCAGAAAGCCAAAAUAUGCAACUCCACGAUAUCCCAGGGUCAUGACAUAUCAAGGGAAGGGUUCAGGAUGGUUUAAUCUUGGAUGCGACAAAGUCUAUACAUGUAUUAUUCCCAUGUAUAUUCCUCUUGGAUAAAUUAUCCGAAGUUGCAAUCCUAUUUUGUAAGAGGAGCCAAAAGACAAUUUUGAUUUUGAGCUGGCUAUUAAUCUCCCAGAUAAUAUGGAAGUCUUGAGUUUAAGAAAAGGCUGCUCCGAUUCAUGAUCUGUCAAUUGGAUAUGUACUUUGAAAGCGACCAUGUAAGCAAAUAUGUAUAUGAUCUUAUAUACAAUCAAGUAGUAUUGGAAAAUUGGUUGCAAUUAGCUAAAAUAUUCACGCUAAUCUUUGAUAUAGAUAGUUUGCCUCGGGUAUUCUGCAGAAAGUCUGCUUCUAACGUCUCUUUGGAUAUUUGUGCUUACAGAGGAAGAAAAGGGUGCGAAAUCGGCACGAUGGCUCCCAUCCUGUAGCGGAGGUAAUUGCCAAGUGGAGAGAGCUAAACAGGCAACUGGACUGCUCCAGUGAUGUUGAUAAAUAUGCCCGGAGAGUGCCUGCUAAGGGUUCUAGGAAAGGAUGCAUGCAAGGAAAAGGAGGCCCAGAAAAUUCGCACUGUAAUUACCGUGGUGUGAGGCAGCGUACUUGGGGCAAGUGGGUUGCAGAGAUCCGAGAGCCCAACCGGGGCAGCCGCCUAUGGCUUGGAACCUUUAACACUGCAUUGGACGCUGCUAUGGCCUAUGACGAAGCUGCAAGGGCUAUGUAUGGUCCCUGUGCCCGCCUCAAUCUCCCUGAAUGCGGGAUUGCAGCUAAAGAUACAACCUUGGCAAAUGCAGCAUCCUAUGAAUCUACAACAACCAUGUCACAGCAUUCCAACGUUUCUGGUGUUGAGGAAUCAGGAGUUGAGGCUCCAAAACUAGAAGCAGGAGAUGAAACAAGAAGUGUCAACCCUCCACAAUCAACUGCAGAACAACCUGUUACGAGCAUGGCGAAGACUGAGGCAGAUGAGGAGCUUUUUAAACAUUUUGAUUCCUUACAGGAUCUACCCCAGGACAUGUUUGGCAUUGAAGAUAUACUGGGGAAUAUGGACUCGUAUCCAUCGAAUAGCACCGCUACCACCCAGAAUAUGAAGAGCGAGGAAGACCAGGUUGGAAGCGUGGAUGCAAAUACCAUCGGGCAUUACGGCACUCCUUCAGCUCUCUCACUCGGAAUUCAGAGUUCAGAUGGGAAGAGCCUGGGAACCUGGUGUCCAAUGGAGCAAACACCGGCUGACAUGGUUGAUGACUGCGAUUUUAUCAGACAUAUGAAUCAAGAUAUGGAAUAUGGGCUUACCAAUGACCAGGGCAUUCCUGAACUGGAAUUUCACGACUUGUGAGGCUGUUCCCAGAAUCACCUAGGUUGUAGAGUUAGAGAAAUUUAUCUAUACAAUUUAUCAUCUGUAUUUAUACUCAAAAAAGGUUAUUUGUAGUAUUAGAUAGAAAUAAGCUGGUUCUUCCUGGUGUUUUUUUUUAAAUUUUUGUCAGAAUGGGAACUUGGCUGCCAUGUUCUUGCAGUGCAAAAGGGUUUUUGAUUUUUGGUAUACAGUUAAAGUGAAAAUUUUGAUUCCUUACAUACAGGUUUGGAAUAAUUGAAAUGAGAUACACUUUUAUAUCCAGUCUAAAUAAAGCUUCAAGUGGAUUAUACAUUUUAA